AGGGCGGGCGCUGAGGCGUUGGCGCCGGGCCGAGUGGGCCCGUGGCCCCUCGUGAGGGGAUGGGGUUCGUCGGUGUGCCCCGCUGGAAGGCGGGUCCGGCUCCACAAGUUGUUGUGUCGAAAGGCCUUUAAACUAACCGCGCUCAGGCCCCGGUUUUCUGUCAGAGUGUUGGUGGCAGAACGCUGAGCUGAAUGUGAAGUCAGAGGCAGUUCCCAGACUCAUACGUUUUCAUUAGAGAAACCACUGCAAGCUCUAGCUCCGUUAUUGAAAGUGGUUGGUCAGUCUUUGCUCGAGGUGUUUGUUUCAGGAUGUACACAGAAGAGGAAGCUAGGAAAUUAGGAGUGGUUGGCUGGGUUAAAAAUACCAGCCAAGGAACAGUGACGGGCCAAGUUCAGGGCCCAGAAGAUAAAGUAAAUGCAAUGAAAUCCUGGCUGAGUAAAGUUGGAAGCCCAAGUUCGCGCAUAGACAGAACAAAAUUCUCUAAUGAAAAGGAGAUUUCCAAGCUUGAUUUCUCAGGAUUUAGUACUAGAUACUAACAGACAAAACAUCACUAGCUGCAAAACAGUGAUGUUUCUACUGCAUGAUAUUUUCUGUGCCUCCUUAAAAAUUCACCUGAGCAUUUGGAUGCUUUCUGUACUUGAGAUAAAUUGUUUCUGUUCACAUGAAGUAAGAACUCUUAGUUGCUGUAUUAGAUAUUUCACAACAUGAUUGUCAAUACUUAAUAUCUGAAAUGCCAAUAUCUAAUUUAUUGCAUAUUAGAAGUUAGAUAAAUGGUUAAAUGCAUCAGUGAUUAUUUGUGUACAUGGAGAUUUGCUAUAUACAGUCACAUGAAAUCCAAUCAUUACACUGUAUAUGAUUAAUAAGUAAUCAAUUCAUGUUCUACUAUUUGUAAUCUCACCAAAAAAACAUAGCCUACAGAACUGGAAUUCUUAGCUCUAUUCUAAUACCUCUGUAUUAUAGAUCAUAUUACUUGUGAUAGUUAAAACAGUAAUUUAAAAUAAAUAUACAUUGCUUCAAACUAA